AUGGCUUUCGAAAGGUUAGCUCAGUUCUACCGAUCGUGCUUGUUUCAGAUCAUCAUCGUGGGACUGGUCGCCUUUUGUGAACCUGGCAUCUGGACAGCCCUGAACAAUCUCGGAGCAGGAGGCAAUGCCAAACCUUUCCUGAACAAUGCUGCCAAUGCCUUGACCUAUGGACUCAUGUCAGUCGGCUGUUUUCUUGCUGGCGGUGUCACCAACAAAAUCACGGCGAAAUGGACUUUGUUCCUCGGAGCAGCAUUUUACACCCCUUAUGCCGCUGGUCUAUACUGCAACAACCGUUAUGGAAAUGAAUGGUUUCUCUUGCUUGGAGCUGCUCUAUGUGGUAUUGGUGCAUCUCUCCUAUGGGCCAGUGAGGCUGCCAUUGCGGUGGGAUAUCCGGAGCAGGAAAGAAGAGGACGAUACGUUGCAAUUUGGAUGGGUAUCCGGCAGAUGGGACCGCUCGUUGGCGGUGCAAUCUCACUCGCCCUCAACGUCAACACUUCUCACGUCGGCAAGGUCACCUACACAACAUACCUUGGGCUUGUCGCGAUUUCUUCGCUCGGAGCUCCAUUUUCCUUGCUGCUAUCACAGCCACAGAAUGUCGUCCGACGAAAUGGCACUAAAAUACCGUACAUGAAGAAGACGAGUCUCAGCAUUGAGUCUCGGGCUAUCUGGAAGCAACUUACAAAUAAGUAUAUGCUGCUACUGAUUCCAGUUUUCCUCGCGGGACAGUUUGGUACCACUUACCAAGGAAACUAUUUGACAACAUAUUUCACCGUCCGCUCUAGGGCCCUCGCAUCAUUCCUAACAGCCGUGGUUGGGGCCACGGCUAAUGUGACGACAGGUAUUAUCCUGGAUCUCAAGUACUUUUCCCGAGAGACCAGGUCAAAAUUAGUGUACCUUUUUGUCCUCACCUUCGUGACGGCAGCUUGGACAUGGUGUGCUGUCAUUCAGACAAAGCUCUCCCGCAUGGCAGACCCACCUGCCUUUGAUCUUGGGGGUGGUCACUUCUUCAACUCGGCCUUUACCGUCUACAUGUUCUUCAAGUUCUUCUAUGAGGUGCUGCAGACCUAUAUCUAUUGGUUGAUGGCCGAGAUCAAGGGAGCACAAGGGGAAGGUGAUAUUGCUAGAACUACGGGCAUCCUCAGAUCAUGGGAGUCUAUCGGUAGCACGAUUGCCUAUGCAGUUGGUGCAACCCACUGGCCCAACCAGAACCAGAUGAUAUUAGGAUUCUCACUUUGGGCUUUCACGAUACCCUUCACAUGUCUUGCAGUUUUCGGCAACUGGAAUCAGCCUGAUACGAUUGAGGUGGCGGAGCAAACGGAUAGUAGUAGCCUCGAGGCACAGAGAGUGGUUAUUAGUCCUCAAGGAAAGGACUGA